AUUAACACCAUUCCCAAGAUCUUGAACACAUUUCCGUAAUUCAUAUACGCACGCUACACCUGAAUUUCUCCUUCUCCAAAUCCAUUUGAUAAAGGUGACUACGGUACAUUACGAAAUGUCUACACCAACAAAAAAAUCAGAGAGCCCUAGUAGAAGCCCUCCUCCAGAAUCUCCAACUACUGUAGCGCCAUUCGAUAUGGACGACGAUGAUGCACAAGAAGGUACUACUGGCGGUGAUGUACCAGCAUCGAACAAUAAGACCGCAGAUGAACUACCCCCGCAAAAGCCUCCGCGCCCCUUAAGCCCACAACAACAAGCAGAGAAUACUUUGAAAGACGCCUUCCCAAGCAUUGACGCAGCAGUAGUCAAGGCAGUUUUGGUUGCUAGUGGAGGUCGUGUUGAGCCUGCUUUCAAUGCUCUUCUAGGCAUGUCAGAUCCAGAUGCUGGGAUUGAAGUCCCCCCUGCGCAACCUCCUCGUCCUCAGGCGCAAAGAGUCGGCUCUACUCCAAGAUCACAAUUGGAAUCAGAUGAACAAUAUGCACGUCAGCUUGCAGAACACUACGAAGGAUCAUCAUCAUCAUAUGGUCCGCAUGGAGCUCGAGGCGGUUCCAGAGGUGCAUACCCUCCAGGUCGGAAACAAACUGGUUUGAAGCCAAAUGAAAUGUACGGUGAGGAGGAUCAGCAUAGCUUUUUUGAUGAUGAUCUACCAGUUAUCAAAGAGAAUCUUAGAAAGGGGUUCCUUGAGACACAGAGUACAGUCAAUGGCUGGAUUACCAAUUUGAAGAAGAAGCUUGAUGGAGAUGAUGCAGAAGAGACAACUUCCACACAGGGCUACAAUUCCAAUCAACACACACAAUAUCGCACCCGUAGAAGUGGGGAAGGCAGGCAGAGUGGGGAUUAUAAUCGAUAUGAUGCCGAUCCCCAGGUGCUCGGCGACGAUUUCGCUGGAAUUCAGCUUAAUGAGGAUGGCAGUAGACAUGAAGGUAAUGCUUCUCGCGCAAGUCAACCUUCAAAUGCUUACUAUCAACCCGCUCCUGCAGCCCGCCGAUCUACACGUCCACUUGCAAACCCCGAUCUUUUCAAACCUACUCCUAGUGCUCCAAAAGCUGAAGGUCGGAAGGUAUCAUUCCAAACUGCUACGGUGGAGGAUGAUCUUUAUCGCACCUCACCCAAACUUGGCGGAAAAGAAAAUGUCCCAUUAGCCAAACAGAGUAAAUGGCAACCAUUGAAUGCAAUGGAGCCCAGCCCUGUCGGUGACGCUGAUAACGACCAUGAUCCAUUCAGCCUUGGAGAUAGCGAGGACGAAAAGGAGUCUAAAGAUCGAGUUGGUGGUAAAGAAGUUCGCAUGGAUGAUGCGGAGAGGCUCAAGAAAGCAGCAGCUGAAGCGAUGUCCGAAAAUAUUGUUGAGCCUGCAAAGAAACCUGAACCAGCCGAAACAUCAGGUACGAAGGAUAAAUUGGCAGCGGAGCUGGCUAGCAAGCCUUGAGUGUUGAAGAAUCCAUUAUCCUAAUUUCAGAAAUUCUCAAAGGGAGGUUGGAUAAUCUUGUUCGUACUUUCCAUGAUAUCCAAAUUGAUUUUAUUGCAAACCUGAAAUAGCAUCUACCAUGUCUGCCCCCAAAGUCAAUAUACGCGAGAUCAUGUCGCUCGAGUAUUGCAUUGAGGUCCAACUUCACAAACUCUGCUACUUGUACUUCGGUGCUUAAUAGUAUCUUACAACGGCCAUUGUCACUUUGUUAAGGAGGCACGGCAACAAUAUCUAGACAGGGCCCAUUCAAUAAUAAUCACAAAUUUUGACACAAAACGUUUCUAC